CUCAUUAAGAGUUUGCGAGUUCGACACGGAAAGUGAGACACUUGACUCACGGCGUUAAUCAAACAAUGGCGGUUUCGUCUUCUGCUCCGGCCAUCAUCUUCGCCGUUACCGUACUGAUGCUUCUCACUGUUUCGUCUGUGAAAUUACCAUUUCACCCUCGGGAUCUUCUCCCGCUCUUGCCCAGACAACUCUCCUGGCCGCUUCUCAACUCUCUCAGCUCCGCCGUGGACCUCCUCCCCACUUACAUCGGCGCGGCUUCUAUUAAAAACGACGCCGUUGAGUGGAAAGGUGCUUGCUUUUAUGAGAAUAAGGCUUGGUUGGAGCUCAAUAACAAGUCCGGCUCCGAGUUCGGCGGCGGAACACUUCACAUUAAGGUGGACAAGGCACAUAGUUGGACUUGCAUGGAUAUAUAUGUCUUUGUGACACCAUACCGUGUGACAUGGGAUUGGUACUUCAUUUCAAGAGAGCACACCAUGGAGUUCAAUGAGUGGGAAGGAAAAGCUGAGUAUGAAUAUGUUAAGCAGAAAGGAGUUUCGAUAUUCCUCAUGGAAGCAGGGAUGGUGGGAACUCUGAGAGCGCUGUGGGAUGUCUUCCCUCUCUUUACCAAUACCGGUUGGGGGGAGAAUUCUAAUAUAGCGUUUCUUGAGAAGCAUAUGGGUGCUAAUUUCUAUGCUCGCCCUCAGCCUUGGGUUACUAACAUCACUACCGAUGAAAUCCACUCUGGAGACUUGCUAGCUAUCUCAAAGAUCCGUGGGCGGUGGGGUGGUUUUGAGACCCUUGAGAAGUGGGUAAGCGGAGCUUAUGCUGGCCACACUGCUGUCUGUUUGAGGGAUUCUGAUGGGAAACUCUGGGUUGGUGAAUCCGGGAAUGAAAAUGAGAAGGGAGAAGAUGUGAUAGCGGUAUUGCCAUGGGAAGAGUGGUGGGAGUUCGAACAAACCAAGGAUGACGCAAAUCCUCAUAUUGCAUUGCUACCGCUGCAUCCUGAUUAUCGAGCCAGGUUUAAUGUUACAGCUGCAUGGGAAUAUGCUCGCAGCAUGGAUGGUAAACCGUAUGGCUAUCACAACUUGAUUUUUAGCUGGAUCGAUACCAUCAGCGGGAACUACCCACCUCCUCUGGAUGCUCAUCUUGUUGCUUCUGUCAUGACAGUUUGGAGCAAAAUCCAGCCUGAUUAUGCUGCUAAUAUGUGGAAUGAAGCUCUGAACAAGCGACUCGGGACUGAGGGUCUUGAUCUUCCUGAUGUACUCGUGGAGGUCGAAAAGCGUGGAUCCUCUUUUGACGAGCUGCUAGCAGUUCCUGAACGAGAUGAUUGGAUAUAUAGCGAUGGGAAAUCAACUUCUUGUAUUGCUUUCAUCCUCGAAAUGUAUAAAGAAGGUGGCUUGUUUGAUCCAAUCUCUAGUUCCAUCCAAGUCACUGAAUUCACGAUCAAAGAUGCUUACAUGCUCAAGUUUUUCGAGAACAAUGCAAGCCGUUUGCCCAGAUGGUGCAACGACAACGACGAUGUAAAGCUACCGUACUGUCAAAUACUUGGGAAAUACAGAAUGGAGCUUCCCGGUUACAACACUAUGGAGCCAUACCCGCAUAUGAACGAGCACUGCCCGUCUCUGCCUCCUAAGUACCACAGACCAAAGAACUGCUAGAACCAACAUAUAAACUGUUUUGUCUGUUUGUUAGGUAUGACUUUCGUCUAGUGAUCCACGAAUCACGUGAAGGUCUCUUCAGAUACAUUAGAAAUCACUUGGAUUCAAAGUAAAUAAGAUUAUGUAUACAUUUGUGUAUAAAAUAGUUCAGACGUUUAUC